AUGACCAGGGACGUGAUGCCAGCUUGCAGUGACUUCGACGGUUCGCCGCCGGAUCAUUGUUUUCGCGAGAAACUGUCGCAACCCGUAGUGCCCGAGACAUGCUGCUCCUGCUCUGACGGCGAUGGCGCCAGCAACGAAGACCAACCCUUGAUGCUCGCUAGCCGUCCGCACCGCAGGCCUACAUGCCUCCUUGUCGUCGUUUGGUGCCAGUGGGCCCUGAUAGUCUUUCUUGCGAUUAUCGCGUCCAUCUUGUGGGCGGACCGCCGCGCCCACCUCACAGACCCGGGCCCAGAUACGAUGCCGCCCCAACUACCAGACAUCCAGCCGCUGGUUCCGGACGAUGUCACGGCGGCCAAAGAAGCCCUGAACUACGGCUACUACGUGGCGGAGCCCAUCCCUUACGACAUCCUGCGCAAUGUCUCCGUCUUGGAGCGGCGGCUCGUCCAGCUCGGGCUCGGCAACUUCAGCACAGGGGUCAAGGCCAACGGGCGGUACGGCGUGUACAUCGACGACGAGGGCCGACGGCGGUUCCUGCACCCCAAGCUGACCAUCAACGACACGGAAGCGUACCUCAUCUCGGGCCUGCACCACAUGCACUGCAUGAUGGAGACGCUGCGCGACUACGGACUGCUCGUCAACGGGUUCCGGCCGCUGUGGAACGACCACCACGUCGUGCACUGCUUCAACCUAUGGUACCGGUCCAUCGAGUGCGCGGCCGACAGCACCGCCGAGGGCUACACUGAGCCGUUCGGCACCGUCCCCGCCGGCGAGAUCCGACGCGCCAGCUGGGCCAGCAGCGUGCCGCGGUGCCGCGACUUUGGCGCCCUCUUGCGCUGGGCCAAGGACCCGGUGCGAGCCCUGCCCUUCCACUACGACUCGGGGCUUGACGUGAUGGCUGUUUCCAAGCUUUAUGGGGAGUGUGAUGUGACCGAAUGUCGCGACGAAGGAGGCUGGAAAGGGCUGGACUGA